CUGACAUUGCCAGCAACCUCGCGGAUGGUCUGACACUGUAUCAGCCCGGCUGGGGCCAACACGUGUGGGGAAUAUGCCUUUUCAAGUCGCAACAUCAAAUGGCUGACCUUUUCCCAGGGCUUUUUCUUUCUCUCGUAUGGGGCAUACAUGGCGAGGAAGUGGGAAAGAUUGCAACGGACAAUGCCAUGAGGGCGAGUCGACUGUCGCCUUGUCUUCUUGGGGAGGUGGUUUUACUGCUCAAAGCGGUGUCGGCGCUUGCAACAGAGGACUCAAGGCGUUCUGUUGUGCGGCCAACGACUGGGCGGCGACCACAAAAGGCUGCCGCUGGACCGACUGAGCAGCAAGUGGCUUGCCUGGUGAUCAUAAGCGACGCCUGGAUGGGUUGUUUCUGGAGCCGAUCCAAGCCGCUUUGCUGCCGUGUUCGCAAGCCCAAACUGCCCGAUUUGGAGUGCUCCGUGUCGGGCUGCGCCCUCGAUGCCCAGAUAUGCAGCGGCGAGAUGGACCAUAACGGCAACUACAAGCGCGACAGCGAUGAGAAUGCCGUGGACAUGGACAUGGACAUGGGCUGCGCACUGGACAAGCGCGGGGCGGCCCAAGGAUACAAUGCCUGGGUCUAUGGGGUCGAGGUGGUCACGAGGGAGCUGCGCUACGACAGCCAGGCGCACUGGAUGGAAGCCUUUCGAAACAGCGCCGCGGGCCUUUUCGAGGACAGGGAGCAGGCGCCCCAAGAGGUGGACCUGGAGCACAUCAUCCCGGCGGUCGUCCCACUGGGUCGCUUCGUCGCGACCUCGAUGAAUUGGCCUUGUUCCGACCUGUCCCGCUGGGCAGACAACGCGUGGUGCCGGAGGGAACGAACAACCGUGCCGCGAACCAACACCGAGUUUUGGCGGAAUGUCUGGAACAGCGCCACCUUGCCCAGCGACGCCGAGUCCUUGGGCUACCAGAUGCCGUUCGAAUUCAUUGCGGAUGAGCUUGCUUCGACCCAGAACCGGUCGAUCAUAGUGCUUCUGCAACGGUCCGUCAACGGCCUCAAAGGCAGGCUCGAGGUUUCCAACAGCCCCAUGGCGAACAGUACGUUCCAGGCCUUGGUCCGACAAACCAUCAACGACGCAAAUGAGGCGGCCGUAGAGGCUUUCUUUGGCCCCAUGCCCGAGGUAGGACCCCCCCUUCAUUAG